AUGUCGAAGGACAUCCGUGAUGGCGAAAGAGAUUGUCACACAUACGCCACUCCCACAGAUGCUUUCGCGGGAUUGAGUGAGACUGGCAACGAAAGUCGCAUCAAAAGCAAUGUUACCGACGCCGACGAACGAGAUCCAGACUUCGAAGUCGUCUUCGUGCAGGGGGACGGCAAGGAUCCUCGUCUAUGGCCGAGGUAUAAAAGGAUGUAUCAUCUUGGUACACUGAGCUAUAUGGUCACGGUGGUCGCCCUGUACAGCACAGCGUAUACGUCGGGGUUACCUUGGAUCGUAGAAGAGUUCGGGGUCACCCGGCUCGUAGCCACAUUGGGCUUGACGACCUAUCUAUUUGGACUAGCCAUCGGAGGAAUCUUCCUCGCACCCCUCAGCGAGAUGUACGGAAGACAGCCUAUCUACCUGAUCACCUACAGCUUGUUCCUCAUCCUCAUCCUCCCUUCAGCAUUAGCGACGAAUUUUACGGGACUGGUCUUGCCUCGAUUCUUCGCUGGCGUGUUUGCCAGCGCGGCGUUGACGAACGGGUCGGGAACCGUCAGUGAUAUCACUACACCUCGUCACUUAGCCCUUGCCUUUGGGUUCUACUCCAUCGGACCGAUCAACGGACCUGUCCUUGGGCCCAUCGUCGGGAACUUUGCGUAUCAAUACUUGGGAUGGAGAUGGACGGUCUGGCUGGUCUUGAUAUUCGCUGGCGCGGGGAUGUGCAUGCUGGUUCUAUGUCGAGAGACAUACCCGCCCGUCAUUCUGCGCAAGAUGGCUGAAGAUCGACGCAAAGAGACCGGGGAUCAUCGCUGGUGGUCGAGAUACGACGAGAAGAAGGAUCUGAUACCCUUGCUCAAAAUCAAUCUGAGCAGGCCUUUGGUCAUGCUUUUCACCGAACCCAUCUGUAUAUUUUGGGACCUCUACGUCGGAUUCGUUUACGGCGUGCUGUACCUCUGCUUUGUAGCAUACCCGAUCGUCUUCCAGCAAGAAAGAGGCUGGCAACCAGGACUCGCCGGGUUGGCCUUUUGCGGGAUCGGUGUGGGUAGCCUCAUCACGAUCUUCACGGAACCGCUCAUCCGCAAGGUCAUCGACGCCCACAAGAAGGAUCCUGCUACCGGUCGACCUGCUCCGGAGGCCGUUGCCAGCGUCGUCUGUGUCGGUGGAGUCCUCCUCGCUGUAGGCGAAUUGAUUUUUGCCUGGACUUGCUCCCCUGACGUGCACUGGAUCGGACCUAUACUUGCGGGCGUCCCAUUUGGAGCUGGAAACACCAUCGUCUUCAUCUACUCGGGCAACUACCUCAUCCAAGCAUAUGGCAAUUAUGCGGCUUCGGCACUUGCUGGGAACGCCCUAAUGAGGAGCGUCAUGGGUGCCUGUCUACCUUUAGCAGGAGCGAAACUGUACCACUCGUUGGGAUCUCAAUGGGCGGGUACUCUAUUGGGUCUCUUGGAAGCUCUGUUCAUUCCGAUCCCCGUAGUAUUCUAUUUCUACGGGCAUAGGCUGAGGAAGGCUAGUACGAUGAUCGCCGAAGCGCAGCUAGCGAGUCGCUAG